CACAUCAGAGCUGCAAAGAGUGACCCAGAGAGACAGAAUCAGCAGUGACCCACAAGUACUUGGACACGGGAAAGACUUCUUUGCACCGCAAAAUGUAUUCCAAGUCUCAUCUUUCAGUGAAAAGAACCCCUGUACUCAUGGCUGCUUCCUGUCUUCUCAAGAUUCUCACUUUGGUGCUCUUCCUGUCUGAAAAGAGUCGUGCCUGGUCUUACCACGCCUCCACCACAAACAUGACUUUCGAUGAGGCCAGUGCUUACUGUCAGGAGAAAUACACACACCUGGUUGCCAUUCAAAACCAGGAAGAGAUCCAACACCUCAACUCCACAUUUGUUUACUCCCCGAGUUACUACUGGAUUGGAAUCCGCAAGAUUAAUAAGAAGUGGACCUGGAUAGGGACCCAGAAACCUCUGACCAAAGAAGCCCAGAACUGGGCUCCAGGAGAACCAAACAAUAAGCGUAAGGGUGAGGACUGUGUGGAGAUCUACAUCAAGAGAGAACUGGAUUCUGGCAAGUGGAAUGAUGAGAGGUGUGACAAGAAGAAACUUGCUUUGUGCUACACAGCUGCCUGCACCAACACCUCCUGCAGUGGCCAUGGGGAGUGUGUGGAGACCAUCAACAGCUACACUUGCCGUUGUCACCCUGGCUUCAGUGGACUUAGUUGUGAACAAGUUGUGACCUGUCAGAAAGCAGAAGACCCAAAGCAUGGAAGCCUGAGCUGCACUCAUCCUUGGGGGAACUUUAGUUACAAUUCUUCCUGCAACCUCAGCUGCCAGAAGGGCUAUCUCCCUAGCAGCACUGAGGCCAGACGGUGCAUGGCCACAGGAGAAUGGAGCACCCCUCCUGCAGUCUGUAAAGUGGUUGAGUGUGAUGACUUGACAAAACCCACCAAUGGAUCCAUAAAAUGCUCUCAAGGCCUUCGCAGCUUCCCAUGGAACUCGACCUGCAGCUUUGGCUGUGAGAAUGGAUUUGAACUCUCAGGGGCCCCAGUCCUCCAGUGCUCUUCCUCUGGGAACUGGGACAAUGAGAAGCCAACAUGUGAAGCAGUGGUGUGUGUCGACCCUGGCCAGCCUCAGAAUGGCUCCGUGAACUGCAGCCACUCCCUGACAGGAGCAUUAACCUACAGGUCCUCCUGUAAGUUCACCUGUGAGGACGGCUUUCAGCUGCAGGGUGCAACGCAGGUGGAGUGCACAGCUGAGCGAAAAUGGACACAGGAUGUUCCUGUUUGUGAAGCUGUGAAGUGUGAUACUGUUCGCCCACCCCAGGGGGGCUUCAUGAACUGCUCCCACCCGCCUACUGGAAACUUCACCUACACAUCCUCCUGUGUCUUCAGCUGUGAUGAGGGCUUUGAAUUGCAAGGCUCAGCUCAACUUGAAUGCUCUUCUCAGGGACAGUGGACACAAGAGAUUCCCUCCUGCCAAGCUGUGUCAUGUGCAAGUUUAGAGGUCCCUGCCAAGGCUGAAAUGAACUGUAGUGGGGAGCCUGUGUUUGGAGCAGUGUGCACGUUUGCAUGUCCCCAGGACUGGGUGCUCAAUGGCUCUGCUGCUUUGAAGUGUGAAGCCACAGGACACUGGUCUGGGAUUUCACCUACCUGUGAAGCUCCCACAGAGUCUGAAAUUCCCUUGGCAGUUGGACUUUCUGCUGCUGCAACCUCGCUGCUGACUUUAGGCUCAUUUCUCCUUUGGCUUCUGAAACGGCUUUGGCUUCGGAAGAAAGCAAGGAAGUUUACUCCAGCUAGCAGCUGCCAAAGCCUGGAAUCAGAUGAAUCCAGAUAUCUUAAGAUUUAAUUUAAGGCUAAAGGAAUCAGGAACACGUAUACAAGCAAGGGCCCAGUGAUGAAGAUGGCAGAGUUCUCCUUGAGUCUCCUCAUUCAUCACAUCAUCUACCUUGAUAGUUUGGGACACCCACAAGGACAUCAGUCAACCCAAACCCAGUAGUCAACCUGUCUCAACAAAGACACAUUUUUUCUUUCCUAUUCUCAGGAUCUGGAAAGUGCUAGCUUUCAGAAGGAAAGGCUAAAAAGGAAGAGACCAUGACUCUGGGAUCUCAACAUUCGUCUUCUUUUUAAAAACUCUCCCAAGCUUGGGGGUCUGGCAGUAGUGCAUCGGGUUAAGCUCACAUGGCACAAAGCGCAGGGACUGGAGUAAGGAUCCCGGUUCCAGCCCCCGGCCCUCCACCUGGCAGGAGAGUCGAUUCACGAGUGGUAAAGCAGGUCUGUGGGUGUCUAUCUUUCUCUCUCCUCUCUAUCUCCCCUCCUCUCUCCAUUUCUCUCUGUCCUAUCCAACAAUGAGAUCAGUGACAACAAUAAUAACCACAACAACAAUAGAACAACAGGGCAACAAAGGGGAAAGGGUAGCCUCCAGGAGCAGUGGAUUCGUGGUGCAGGCACCGGAUGGAGGCAAAACAAAACAAAACAAAACA